CCAGAGAAACAGCAGCACAAGCGGACGGGAACUAGUCAGGCAGCGCUUCUCAACGGGGGGUUUGAAACAGAAACUAGCCCAACUGUUCGUUCUGUACCGCGAAACACACCCCCUUACCUUAAUACAGUUGUAAACAAUUAGCGUUAUUAGCUAGUCUCGGCCUCUGUCGUCAGUAUUAGAGGUGAAUAGAUAAAAAGCGAGGAUGUUGGUCCCCGCGGGAAGAUAAUGAAGAAGCUGCGCGUGUUGUUGCUGUGCGCCGUUUUAGCUCUCCUGUGCUGGCACUCUUGUCAUCAUGUUUAUUGUUCAGAAGAGAUCUCCUCUGGCCCAGGACUCCCUGCACAGGAUGACAGCAGUUACGCAACGCAAGAAUCAGGGGCAGACGACAAGGUUGAGGAGGAAGGGGCGACACACACUCAGUCAUCGUACGACGUGGGUCUGGAGACAGAGAGAGUUGCACUAAAAGAAACAUCAUUGCACUCACAAGACGCCCCGCAUGAAGAGAAGCACAAACAGACUGUGAAUUUGGAAGAAGUGUUGGAGGAGCCGCAGAUUCAGCUUGAGUCUGCACUUCCUGAGCUAGAGCAACAGCAACAGCAACAGCAACAGCAACAACAACAACAACAACAACAACAACAGCAGCAGCAGCAGGAGCAGCAACCAGAACCCCAGAGCACCCAACAGUCAGACCAACAGCAAUCAGCUCAACCACCAACACUUACACAGACCCAAACAGCACCGCCACUUUCCCAGCCCCAGCCAGACCCUGAAACUCCGCAGGCCACUGCCACAGAGGACCAGGCUGCCCACGCCUCCGCUGCUUUAACCCCUUCACAGACUGAUUCGCACACAGAAGACCCCUCUGCAUCUCCUGCUGAACUCCAGAAGAGCCCAGAGUCAGCCUCACCUACCUCAGUCACCUCCUCCGAGAGCCCCUCCAGUGGACUAGACGUCCCGCGUCCUGAUGCCCCUGUAGAGAACUCUAGUGCCAGUCAGUGUGAGGUGGGCUCUGUGCCCCACUUCAGCCAGUCCCUUGGCACCACUCUUACCAGUGUUGUGGAGGAACAUGCAGAGCAGCAAGCAGAGAACCAGUCUGCCACAUUGGGAGUACAGAGUACAGAGACCAUUGCUGACCCGACUGCCACUCUGCUCCCGAGUGAGCCGGACCUCACAGAGCCACAGUCAGCCAGUAUCCCUCCACCUACAAAAAGCCAGCAGGUGAUGGACGAUGGGGGAGCUACAGACCCUCCUGUGCCCACUAAAGAGGACAUCCCCACUUUUGAUGAGUGGAAGAAAAAAGUGAUGGAAGUAGAGGAGAAGAAAAGUCAGUCUCUGCACACUUCAUCAAAUGGCAGCCCUCAUCCAGUCAAAAAGGUCCAAAAGAAUUUCAAGAAUAACUACGCCUCUGUCGAAUGUGGGGCCAAAAUCCUCUCGGCUAACAAUGAGGCCAAGAGCACAUCUGCCAUCCUGAUGGAAAACAUGGAUCUGUACAUGCUGAACCCCUGCAGUACCAAGAUCUGGUUUGUUAUUGAGCUCUGUGAGCCAAUCCAGGUGAAGCAGCUGGAUAUUGCAAACUUUGAGCUGUUCUCCUCUACACCAAAAGAUUUCCUUGUGUCUAUAAGUGACAGGUAUCCGACCAAUAAGUGGAUCAAGCUGGGCACCUUUCACGCCCGUGAUGAACGCACAGUACAGAGCUUCCCUCUGGACGAGCAACUCUAUGCCAAAUAUGUCAAGAUGUUCAUCAAAUAUAUGAAGGUCGAGCUGCUCUCCCACUUUGGCUCUGAACACUUCUGUCCGCUCAGCCUCAUCAGGGUGUUUGGCACCAGUAUGGUGGAGGAGUAUGAUGAGAUAGCCGACUCUCAGUACACUUCAGAGAGAGCCGAGUAUCUGGAUGAAGACUAUGACGUCUUUUUUACAGAUUACCCACCCGGCUAUCUGCCGUCAGAGGAUAAGACGUCAAAGAAUCUGCUGGGCUCCGCCACAAAUGCCAUCCUGAACAUGGUAAACAACAUUGCAGCAAACGUUCUAGGAGGGAAACCAGAGCUAGAGGACGGAGCUGAAAUGGAAGGAAACGUUUCCUCUGGGACCGAAAACGUCACCCAGGCGUCAACAGAAACCACACUCACGCCAGAACCCACCCCUACUGAACAGCCCUCUACGCUGGAUGUUCUUGAGCUGGAUCCCACUUUAGUGAAGGAGGACUUAAAUGUUCCUGUUCCUGAGGCUCCUUCAGAACCUCCGCCUGAGGAGAACCGUAUCGUCAUCCUCAUCGAGGAGGAAGAAGAGGCCACCCAGCCAACGGUGACCCUGCUGGAGGAGGAGCGAGAGGAGGAAAAAAGACUAGAGGAGAUGUGGGAGAGGGAGAGCGCCACGUACUGCGGCCACCUCUCGACGUUGUCCUGCUUGGCGUCUUUGCACGAACACUUCUACUGCUACUGUUCAGCAGCAUUAGCACUACAGCGCCAGCGUAGAGACCGCCGCCACAAAGCACAGCGCUCACACACCGACACGGACGCUCAAACCGCCCCUGAGCAGCCCCUCCCUGACCCCACCCCAACCCAAGAGCCCCCUGCGCCUUCUGAGAAACUUCCAGAAGCAGAACGCCCCUCUCAGGCACAAUCUGAGAAGAUUUCCCCUACUGAAACGGUGGCUGCUCCGACUCAGUCCUCCAGUGGGGAAACUCCAGUGAGUGAGAAGGAGCUCCCACCUGAGACUAUCCUGUUAGAGCCCAGCCGUACAUCCACUCUUCCCCCGCACAGCUUCUCCGACACCCCCACCCAAAAUAUCCCAGAGUCCCUACCCACGGGAGAGCCCGUGGACCAACGUCCGCAGUACGUGGUAGACAUCCCAGAAACCCUUACGCCUGUGAGCAGCUACAGCAGCACCGGCAGCCUCCUCUCUAUCAGUGCCGCUUCCUCUCCGCUCUCCUCCACCACCACUGAAUCCCACAGCCUAGAGACGGACCCUCCCAAACUGGAGCUCCCCGUCCCCACCAAAGAGACGGCUCAGCCGUUGCCCACACAUACCCGCCCUGCUGAUAUCCCACCUCCUACUGAGCUUCCCAUCCUGCUUCCAGAGGCCUCAGAUAAUGGUAGGCCUGCAGGGGUUGAUGAUGCUCACCACAGUUCUGUGGCCUCCCAGACAGAGCUUUCUGAAGCUUCUCUGGCUCAACAAGAGGAGACUGUAGAUGACAUUCUGCUCCCGCACCGCACCGCCGGAGAGUUUUACGCGGAGCAGCAGCAUUCAGCAGAAAUGGGCCACGGGAAUGGAAACGGCAAUGGGAAUCAGGUGCACGGAUCCAACCAGAAGGAAUCGGUGUUCAUGAGAUUGAAUAACAGGAUUAAAGCACUGGAGAUGAACAUGUCCCUCAGCAGCAGAUACCUGGAGGAGCUCAGCCAGAGGUAUCGUAAACAGAUGGAGGAGAUGCAACGGGCUUUUAACAAGACCAUCAUUAAACUGCAGAACACCUCCAGAAUCGCAGAAGAGCAGGACCAGAAACAGACGGAGUCUAUACAGAUGUUACAGAGCCAGCUUGAGAAUGCCACCAGGAUCAUGCUGAACCUGUCUGCCACUGUUGCUCAGCUACAGCGAGAGGUGUCUGACAGACAGAGUUACCUGGUGCUGUCUCUGAUCCUGUGUCUGACGCUGGGUCUGCUACUCUGUAUGCAGUGCUGCAGGAGCUCACCCAGUCAGACCACCAGCUCAACCAUUCCCAUGAGCAACCACUACCCCAGCCCUAAGAGGUGUUUUUCCUCAUAUGAUGAUAUGAGUCUGAAACGGAGAGUUUCUUGCCCUCUCGUUCGUUCAAAGUCGUUUCAGCUGCCCACGUCAGAACUAGGUCCUGAUGACUUGUACAUUGUAGAACCUCUAAGGUUUUCUCCAGAGAAAAAGAAAAAGCGCUGCAAGACAAAAGCAGGAGACAGAGUGGAGACCCUCCGGGCGUCCGUCCCCUCAGCGACGGGUGUUAACGGCGAGCCCCGAUUCAACGGCGAAUCGUCAUCAUCAUCUUCUCUUCAAUUCCUGCCGUCAACGUGCAACGGCUACUUGUCCACCUGCUCGUCCAGAGACUGUGCAUCAGAGGGCAGCUCCGAGAGCUCAGUUUCCACACUGUCCGAGGAGUCCUUCAGCAGCGCCCCCUCCGUGAACGGACACGACCCCAUCCUGUGCAACGACGAGCCUGCGCUGACCAUCCCUCUAGCCAAGAGCAAGAUAGAGAAGAGGUCUCUAAAACGACGCAAGUCAAAGAACGCAGACCAACAGGAAGCCCGACGUGUGGGGGAGAUACUGCACGCGCCACUUCCUGUGACCGUCAUGCCCACGCUAGAGGAGCUCAUGAAGGGAAAAGCAGAUUUGGGCGUGGCCACAUUCGGAAGGACAGCUGUGACAGGACGCGUUUGAGUUUUUCCUUCUUUCGCUUAUUCCACCAGUUGUUUUGAGAUUGUUUGUAAGCGCUGAUCCUGACGCCGUCUUCACUACAUCCUGGUUCUUACGUGCCUUUUUUAUCCAUUCAGGAUUGUUUUUUGUUAUUCCCUUUAUGUUUUUUAUCUUCUGGGGAGAUUUGAACAUUUGAAAAGUAUGAAUGGGACUCGAUUUGUCUCUGAACGGAUGUAGGUGCCGCGAUGCGAUACAGCGAGCAGGGUGGCCCACAACAUUCAACGUGUUUCUUUACACUAACAUGACCCUCAGGUCGUCAUUUCCUCUUUCACUGUCCCUUUAACACUCUCUCACUCGCUCUUUUCCUUCGUUGAAAAUGUAAUUCUUGUGAGUGUGUGUGACUCUACGCCAGUCUGUGGUUGGUUUGUGGGACCAGUGACGUCACAUAGCACAGGGCUUCAAUCCAGUGAACAGAGCUGAAUGAAGAUCAGAUCCAGUUCUUGUUAAGUCUUUUUCUCCUAUUCGAAUCACGAUCUAGUUUGACCAACAAGUCCAGGCUGGGCCUGAACACUCUCAUACACCCCACAGCAUCUCAUGUUCAGUCUCCAGCUUUUUCAAGCAUGUUUACAGCUCAUUUUCUUUGUUCAAUGGCGCCGUCACAUGCUGAUAUUCAUUUUGUAAUUUUUACUCGCUUCAUAUGUACACGGGGAGUUUACGGGGGACAUUCUGUUAUUUUUAGAGGUAAUUAUUUAUGUAUUUAUUUAUUUAAAUGUGACCCGGGCUCUAUGAGAUCACGGUCAUGUGAUAUAAGAAAUACAGUGGCCCCUUCAACCUCCAUGUUAGAGAUUUACACACAAAUGGUACGGACAUCUUCCUGUUUUCAAAAGUUUGUGCACUCUAUCUUUUCUGGUCAUUUGAGAAAGCUGGAUUCUGACAACUUCAGCUUUAUUUUGGAUGGAUCUUGAUUUAAUUUUGCAUUCAAAUCAAAUUAAGCAUUAUAUAAUUAUGGAGAUGUUGUACAUCUGAUCAUCUGGAUUUGUUCGGACGAGUUUUGAGUUACUGGAUUCGAGGUGAAUCGUUAAAAGUCGAGCUAAAUAUUAUGCAUGAGUCCAGCAAAGCAACCGUCUGUCAUGUAUGUGUAAAGUUUAUCUGUGUGUGUGUCAAGCAUCUUCUCUAUUCACACACUCCAUUUCCUUCUUAACACACUUUGUAUGUGUAUGCGUGUUUUCAUAGUUGUUUUUAAUGCACCCGAGACCAUUCGACAUCCUAGUGGCGUUUCUGUGUCGUGUAAGAUUGUAAGUGUUUUCUCUCAUGCAGAUGAUCCCAUCGUUGACCUUUUAUCAGACUCACGAUUUCAAUAAAAGGGAAAGAUUGGGAUGGCGUGCGACGGACCAUCUCUGAUUUCCAUGCUACAUGUCCUACUACCUUUUGAAUGGAAAUUGAUAUAUGCUUGUGGAGUUUGUGUAUGGAUGUUUUCUCAUUAGUGUGUAUGGUGAAGACUCUUUUCCAGUACCCCAGUGAGUAGAGAGAGCGCUGCGUGUGUCUCUCCUGUGCACUUUGGAGAACUCCACAUGCCUUUGUUUUUCUACACCACACCUUGUACAAGUGCUUUUUCGCCCCAGGCUUUCCUUAGUACGGCGCCCUCUAGUGGCGGAUGCCUGAUUUUAUUUAAACGUCCGCUAGGUGGCGCCCAAAUGAAAUCUCAUCAUCUUUGAGGACGAACUGCACAGUAUUUGAUUUUAAGUUGUUUUCCAAUUGUAACUACAGCAGUGUAGUGCCAUUAGAAACUGUGAAUUUAUAAAUAAAAACACUUUGUUGUCUUUA